UCCAGCGGCAGCAGCCCUCCGUGUGCCGGCGUGUGCCGUUUGUUACUGUACUCGCGCUCAGAUGAGCUCACGCCGCUGAUACGCACGUCGUGUCCACCAAUCAACAAAAGGUAUUAGGUCAACAGGCAGCGCGCUCAAGCAGGGAGUCAAUGAAUAUGAUGCAGAGGGCACUCACGUUCAUCUGCACAAAGUUCGCGCAUAAACGACUGGCUGUGGGAAGAAGCCUAUUUCAAUUUCACAGCCAUGCUUGGAUUAAACACUCCGUGAAUUCGCGCAGGGAAAUUGGGAAAAUAAUGUUGUGCACAUUCCUUGUGCGGGAAUGGGAUUGGAUUUAAAAGAAACGCAGAAGAAAAAAAUUGUAGGAGACUGAAGACGUGCCUUGCGCGCGACUUCCAAGACUUCGUCAAAUUCUUGUAUUUUUUUGUUUAAAAUGUCAGGACUUCUUCAGUCACGCGCUGCCCAUUGCAAAUUGAGCUGCUUAUUCGGAGAGAUACCAGACGGCCGCCUGUCUAAUCUAAAAAUCCGGUCCUAUAAAUUGUGACAAAGGCUGUCAGCGUUGGAAUAAGAAAUCGAUAUUUAAGAAAGCCGGGCGAUUUUCUUUCAAAAAUUUUAACGAUCUGAUUUAUUCUGGCCCGAGCUGUGCGCUUGCUAGUUUUAUUUUUUAAGGUGAGUGGGGGUCCAGCAGUUUUGUCGGGAACAGUACUGAUAGUGACAGAUUAUUAUUGUUGGGUCCAUGCAAGGCUUGGGGUGAAAACAUGUCUGGCCACUUCUCUGAGGGGAUUAUUGCUAUCAGAGAUGGCAUUUUGGUCCAGUACUUCAGUUUUCACCGCUAAAGUGCCUCGGAAGAUCUUAUUCAUGUUUACCCUCUCCCUCUCUAUCACCUACCUGUUCUAUAGCUUGAUGAACUGUUACAACUCGUUACAGUUCCCGCUGCAGGAAAACUACGUGUACCAAGGGAGGCUAGUGACAGUGGAGACAACUUUCCUGACGAUUAGGGAGAAACUUUAUUCCACCACGUCUCAGGGUUAUUUCACCGAGGAGCUGCUAGAACGUACCUCGACCGAGCAGACGGUCGCCGGUUACGCAGUCUCCCCGGUAAACCGGGAAGAUAAUGUACAAACGGAACAAAAGACGGCGGAGUGGAUCAGAACACAGACACAUCCGACUAAAACGAAUGCGGGGCUCCAGAAUAUAGGGCUGGAGAGGGAGCGCCGAGAAUUCAGCACCACGGGCGAGGGACUCAGCAGAGGGGCGAAUUGCACCUCGGAUUACGGGGAGAAAAAGUUGCCCCAGGCCAUCAUCAUCGGGGUGAAGAAAGGAGGCACGAGGGCUCUUUUGGAAGCGUUAAGGGUCCACCCCGACGUUAGGGCAGUUGGGAAUGAGCCCCAUUUCUUUGAUAGACACUACGACAAAGGAUUGGACUGGUACAGAGACCUGAUGCCUUCAACCCUGGAGGGCCAGAUCACCAUGGAGAAGACGCCCAGCUACUUUGUGACCAACAGCGCCCCCAAGCGCAUCCACUCCAUGGCCAGGGACAUCAAGCUGAUCAUCGUGGUCCGGAACCCGGUGACCAGGGCCAUCUCCGACUACACCCAGACCCUGUCCAAAAAGCCGGAAAUCCCCACCUUCGAGGUGCUGGCCUUCAAGAACAGGACCCUGGGGCUGAUCGAUGCCUCCUGGAGCGCCCUGCGGAUCGGGAUCUACGCCCUGCACCUGGAGACCUGGCUGCAGUACUUCCCCUUGGCCCAGAUGCACUUCGUCAGCGGCGAGAGGCUCAUCACGGACCCCGCCGGCGAGCUGGGCCGCGUGCAGGACUUCCUGGGCCUCAAGCGCAUCGUCACCGACAAGCACUUCUACUUCAACAAGACCAAGGGGUUCCCCUGCCUGAAGAAGCCCGAGGACAGCAGCGCCCCCCGCUGCCUGGGCAAGUCCAAGGGCAGGACUCACCCCAGGAUAGACCCGGACGUCAUAUGCAGGCUCCACAAAUUUUACAAACCCUUCAACAUGAUGUUCUACCAAAUGACGGGGCAGAACUUUCAGUGGGAGCUGGACGACAGGCAGUGACCCCCAAAACUCCCAGACGCCUAUUUACAGUAAUGUACCAUAUUGUGACAUUCAUAAAUAUAAGGAAUAUAUUUCUUAAAAAAAGGAUUAUAUGCUGUAUGCAUUGGAAAAUGUAUAAAUUACUGCCACUGUGGUUUAUCUAAUUUUAUGCAAGGACUGCAGAAUACGUAAAAUUAGACACAAGGGCAACACGGAAAGUAAUUUCAUGGUUUUUUCAUGUCUACAGGAAGAGGCUUAGACCUUAGCUCUGCGUGGGUUUUCUUUGGGGAAACAAUUUGCACAUGAGCCUGUGAAUCUACAAGUUGUGAGGAGAGGGUUCAUUUUUUAUUCCCCACAUUCUGAGGGAAAAGGGGAAUUGAUUUUUUGUGUGACCCGUAUUGUAAAAUAUAUUGUAAAAAAAAAUAAAAAUGAAAAGAACAGUGGCAAUAUUUUAUAUGUUUUGUAAUAUAUGCUGUAUAUUUUGAGACCUUGAAAUAUUUAUUCCCUGUUUUGUAUUUCAUGUUGAGUCUGGGAUAAUUGACAUAAUUAACAUAAAAUGUUUCAGAAGGGUGGAGAAGCUCCCUACAGUACAGACACUAUCUUUGACAGAACAUGAGAACUGACAUUCACCUCGCUUUGCAAAACACUCCCAUCCGUCCUGGACAGGUAUGAGUUGAUGUCAUUCUAAUGCCAGUGGUGGUGACAAUCCCUGUUGUACAUUAUAAUGCAUAAGAUAUAUUUUUAUUGGGAAAACAGGCAAUUAUAUUCUUUUUUUAACAAACUGGUAAAAUUGUAGUUUUCAGUUCAAUCAACCUGCAGUGCUGUGUGCAGCUAAUUAAGUGUCCUUAUAACGUAAAUGGCUCCUGCCUUGUCGUGAAUAGACGGGAAACACAGAGAGCCUCCUUGCCCAAAAUGUCCAUACUAAAUAAUUCAUGGUUUGUUAAAGCAUAACUGUGUCCCUGUUUCUUCAGUUUUGCAGUGCUCCUCCACACCAUUAACAAGGCUGUAUAAACACGUAUGAGGUGCGCUGAGUUGCUGUUCCUUCACGUUUGCUCGCAUGCUUGGCUGGCGGUUGGGGAGCCCACAGACAGCCGCGGUGUUUGAGUGAACACACACAUGUAAGGGCCUCUCUGUUCCAGAAGAGCUGACGCACAGGCGUGUCUUAUGUAUGUGAUUCUGCCCACAUUAAAUGUUGCUUCUUUUCAUAUGUCCUGGUGGAUAUUAUUUGUUUUAGAUUGCUUUAGAACCUGGGUGUCAGAUUGCAGUCUUGGAGA